GUUCUUGAUGAACUGGAGACUGAGAGUGCUCAUUUGUUGGAGCAACUGGAUGGUGCUGGUAUUGAACUCCCUAGUCUCUAUAAGUGGAUAGAGAGUCAGGCUCCUAAUGGUUGCUGCACUGAAGCAUGGAAAAACAGGACUCAGUGGGUUGGUUCUGAAUUGACAAAUGACAUCACUGGAGCAAUUGCUGACGCUGAGAAGUAUCUUCAGAUCCACAGGCCUGUAAGAAGGCGGCAUGGAAAAGUUUUGGAGGAGGGUGCCAGUGGUUUCUUGGCAAAAAAACUUGCUGGAAAUGAUGGCAGUGAGACGCAGGGAGGGAGCAGUGAUGUUGAUUGGGGCUCUUUCAGCAAAUUAUGUUCUGAUAACUCGUCAUCAUCCAUGGGUACCAUUUCAUUUGGCAGCAAAGAUUGGGCCUCUGUUUACCUCGCUAGUACACCACAACAAGCUGCUGAACUGGGACUAAAAUUUCCUGGAGUGGACGAGGUUGAGGAGAUUGAUGAUAUUGAAGACAGUUCUGUUGAUCCAUUUGUUGCAGAUGCCAUUGCAAAUGAAAGAGAGCUAAAUCUUUCUGAAGAGCAAAAGAGGAAGUAUAAGAAGGUUAAAGAGGAAGAUGAUCUAAAAAUUGAUUUGAAGCUUCGGAGACGUUUAAAACAAAGAAGACACAGGAACAUGCAGAAAUUGGAGGAGAUACAGGAAGAUACAACAGAUGACAUGAACGGUUCCUUGUCUCAAGAUGUUGACUUUCACACAAAUAGGUAUUCCACUAUUGAUGACGGGGAUGUGCCAUCAUCAAAAUGCCUACCUGAAACUGAUUCUGAGGCCAAAGGGUUGAAACGUGUACAUAACUCUGAGGAAAUGGAGGCUCAAAGUAAAAAGCCUCGGAUCAUUACGCUAGAUAGUGAUGAGGAGGAUCUUCCUGGGGAAAAGUUGUCUCCUACAUGCAGUUUGAGUGAGAUGGGAGAUCAGUCCAAUCCACAAAUGAAUGGAGAUGAUGUGCUUCCCAUUAAUUCUCUUCCGGCAUUUAAUGAGAAGCAAAAUUUUCGCUGCACGGCUUGUGAUAAACUGGCUGUUGAACUACGUGCACAUCCUCUUUUGAAAGUUAUAGUUUGCCUGGACUGCAAAAACUCAAUGAAAGCAAAGAUGCAGGAUGUUGAUUGCUCAGAAUGCUACUGCAGAUGGUGUGGGCGUUGCAGUGAUCUCUUAAGUUGUAAAUCGUGCAAAAGGUUAUUUUGUAGUGUGUGUGUAAGGAGGAACCUUGGUGAAGAAACUUUAUUGGGAAUAAAAACAUCUGGUUGGCAAUGCUGCUGUUGCUCCCCAAGUAUCCUGCAUCCAUUGGUUUCAGAGUUGGAGAAGAUCAUGGAAUCUCAGGGAUUAGUAGAUUCUAGCACAGACACAGAUUCAGAUAAUUCAGAUGCUUCAGAUGCUGAUGUCAAUGGGCAUAGAAGCACGAAGAGACGACGAAAAAAGAAAAUUAGAAGAAUCCUUGAUGAUACUGAGUUAGGGGAGGAGACAAAAAGGAAAAUUGCAAUAGAAAAGGAACGCCAAGAACGCCUCAAAUCUCUGGGUGCAAAAUAUUCGAGCGAGACUAUGUUCAUGAAUUCUGGGGUUUGUUGCAAAACCUCGUAUGAAAGUGGUAGCUUAGAAAUGCUCGGUGAUGUUGAAACUGGUUACAUAGUUAAUGUGGUGAGGGAGGACGGGGAAGAGGCAGUAAGGAUUCCACCCAGCAUCUCAGCAAAGCUGAAAGCCCACCAGGUUGCUGGGAUUCGUUUUAUGUGGGAAAAUAUUAUUCAAUCUAUCAGGAAAGUCAAGUCUGGAGAUAAAGGCCUUGGUUGCAUCCUAGCUCAUACUAUGGGUCUAGGCAAAACAUUUCAGGUGAUUUCUUUCUUGUAUGCCGCUAUGAGAAGUGUGGAUUUAGGAUUGAGAACUGCUCUCAUAGUCACGCCUGUAAGUGUUCUGCAUAACUGGCGACAGGAAUUUAUAAAAUGGAGACCAUCAGAAUUGAAGCCUCUCCGUGUCUUUAUGCUUGAAGAUGUUCCAAGGGAGAGAAGGGCCGAGUUGCUAAAAAAAUGGACAUUAAAAGGUGGUGUAUUCUUAAUUGGCUAUACUGCUUUCAGAAAUUUGUCACUUGGGAAGCACAUAAAGGAUCGUCACGUGGCCAGAGAAAUUUGUCAAGUCCUUCAGGACGGGCCUGAUAUACUUGUUUGUGAUGAGGCUCAUAUUAUCAAGAAUACCAGAGCUGAUGUAACUCAAGCCUUGAAACAAGUCAAGUGCCAGAGAAGGAUUGCAUUAACUGGAUCUCCUCUUCAAAACAAUUUGAUGGAGUACUACUGUAUGGUUGAUUUUGUAAGAGAAGGAUUUCUUGGCAGCAGUCAUGAAUUUAGAAACCGCUUUCAGAAUCCGAUAGAAAAUGGUCAACACACCAAUUCUACAGCUGACGAUGUUAAGAUUAUGAAUCAGCGGUCUCAUAUUCUCUAUGAGCAAUUGAAAGGAUUUGUUCAAAGAAUGGACAUGAAUGUCGUAAAGAUGGAUUUGCCGCCAAAAACUGUCUUUGUGAUGUCUGUAAAGCUUUCUCCUCUACAGCGAAAAUUGUAUAAAAGAUUUCUAGAUGUUCAUGGCUUCACAAAGGACAAGGUCUCCGGUGAGAAGAUAAUGAAAAGAUCCUUUUUUGCCGGGUAUCAAGCCUUGGCUCAGAUAUGGAACCAUCCUGGGAUUUUGCAACUGAUGCGAGAAAACAGAGCCUGUAGUAAGCCUGAGGAUGCUGUUGAGAAUUUUCUUGCCGAUGAUUGCUCAAGUGAUGAGAACACAGAUUAUAAUACUGUUCCUGGAGAGAAGCUGAAUAGCAACAAUGAAGCUCUCAGAAAAAAUCAUAAUGGCUUCCUUCAUGGGGAUUGGUGGAGCGAU